GAUUCAUUUGCUCUCUUGCAUCUCUGGAAAAACAAAAGAGGGGGAAAACAGAGACAGAGAGUUCUGGGGAGCGAUAAAAAGAAGAAGAAAAUCGAACUGUUUUCCUCUUCUGGAGCUCAAUUUUCUAUUGGUGAUCAAAUAUUUCCAUCAGAAUCACCAAUUGACUUUCAAUUUGAUUACUUAAUUGAUCAUGGAUGAGGUACUCACAGCUGCAGAUGCUUCUUCAUCUUCUCGUUCAUUUAAUUCUUCUCCAAUUCUCCCUUCAAAUCUUCCUCUUCUCUCUGCUUUCCUCGCCUUUGCUAUUGCUCAAUUUCUGAAGCUCUUUACCACCUGGUAUAAAGAGAGGAGAUGGGAUUCAAAAAGGAUGUUUGGAUCUGGUGGAAUGCCCUCAUCACAUUCAGCCACUGUUACGGCACUUGCUGUUGCAAUUGGGUUUCAUGAUGGAACUGGAUCAUCAUCAUUUGCACUUGCUGUGGUCUUAGCUGCUGUUGUGAUGUAUGACGCAACUGGUGUUCGACUUCAUGCAGGCCGACAAGCUGAGGUGCUGAACCAAAUAGUUUGUGAACUUCCUACAGAGCACCCAUUAUCAAAUGUUAGACCCCUACGUGAAUUGCUAGGUCAUACACCCCUGCAGGUUGCUGCAGGUGCUAUCUUGGGUUGUAUAGUAGCAUUUUUCAUGAGGACUUCUGGCUAGCGGAAAAGACUACAAUAUCAGCAAGAAAAGAUCAAUUCAUUUGAUCCCUCGUAAAAGGAAACAAAAGAAGAGUUUGGUCUUUCAUGGGGGCAUAUGUUUCAUUCAGUUACUCACUAUUGUAAAAGAUGGGAAACACCUACCACUUAGGGAAAAGGCUUGUAAAAUUUUAUUUACCAGUGUUUUAAAAUUAAAGAUGCAGAAACAUUCAGGGCUUGUAAACAUAAGAAAACACAUUCAACACUCUUCCCUUCUUUUCUCUUUUUUCAUGUAUUCUAAGCAUAGGAUAUACUCCUAAUUGAAUA